AGGUGCCGGUGUUGAAGCCCAUGGACCUGAUGGUGGAGGUAACUCCUCGGCGAGUCUUUGCCAAUGCCCACACCUACCACAUCAACUCCAUCUCUGUCAACUCUGACUACGAGACCUACAUGUCAGCGGAUGACCUUAGAAUCAACCUUUGGCAUCUGGACAUCACCGACCGUAGCUUCAACAUUGUGGACAUCAAGCCAGCCAACAUGGAGGAUCUGACAGAGGUGAUCACAGCGGCUGAGUUUCAUCCCCACCACUGUAACUUGUUUGUCUAUAGCAGCAGCAAAGGCACGCUGCGCCUCUGUGACAUGAGAGAAGCAGCACUGUGUGACAAGCACUCUAAAUUGUUUGAGGAGCCCGAGGACCCCAGCGCCCGCUCUUUCUUCUCCGAGAUUAUCUCCUCUGUGUCGGACGUCAAGUUCAGCCACAGCGGUCGAUACCUGCUCACCAGAGACUACCUGACUGCCAAAGUCUGGGAUCUCAACAUGGAGAGCAAGCCCCUAGAGACAUACCAGGUUCAUGAUUAUCUCCGCAGCAAGUUGUGCUCUCUCUACGAGAACGACUGCAUCUUUGACAAGUUUGAGUGUGCCUGGAACGGCUCCGACAGCGUUAUCAUGACCGGAGCCUACAACAACUUCUUCCGCAUGUUCGACCGCAACACCAAGCGCGACGUCACCCUGGAGGCGUCACGGGAGAGCAGCAAACCCAGGGCGGUGCUGAAGCCACGGAGGGUCUGCGCCGCGGGAGGAAAACGCCGGAAGGAUGAUAUCAGUGUGGACAGCCUGGACUUCACCAAGAAGAUCCUCCAUACGGCUUGGCACCCGAACGAGAACAUCAUUGCCAUCGCUGCCACUAACAAUCUCUACAUCUUCCAGGACAAACUCAACUCCGAGAUGCAUUAGUGAAUGGAUGUCAGCGGCAAAAACAAAUGAGUUUACACCCAAUAACACACAACUAUGCCAGAAUGUACACACUAUCAGACAUGCACACACACUGUCACACAACCAAGAGAUGCCUAAAACGCAUACCUACACACACAAUCAGAACUCAUACACAGCGUUUCACGUCCCUCCUUCACCUCCUCCUCAGCCUUCCAGAACUGCAAGGCCCUCGGCAGGGCUAGGAAGGGAACAGGCUGGAUUACACAACGGAUUAUGGAUUGCAAAAUUGUCCGAACAGUGGAUUUCCUGAUUGUUAGCCUCUGGAUGGAUCGUUUGUUCGUUGCUGCAGCUCGGCUUCCUGAGGGGAGGGAUCACACCCUCGGCCCCAGAGUGGAGAGACGUUUACAUGUUCGUCUUCUUCUUUUUUUUUAAAUUCUUCAUGCUCUUUUACUUUUUUUCCACCUCCUCCUCCACCUCCUCUGCUCUCUGUAUUUGUGUGCUCAAGCAAAUCCUAUUCUUAUCCCUUGCCCACUGUUUUGUGUAACAAAAACCCUUUGUGGUUGUCUACCAGCGGCACUGAUGAGAAAUGGGGCAUUUAUAUAACUGGCUGUUUGUUUUAAGAUCAGAUCAUCAUUUCAGAUCAGCUUUCCCUCUUCUGUUUUAUGUAACUUCUUUUUAAAUGAUGAUGAUGGUAAUUAAAGAGGAUGAGGUAAAGUGAUUUGCGUGAUGUACGAGGAUGAACUUGGGACCCCACCCCCCCUUCUCCCUAAGCCCACCAGACGCCUCUGAGCUCUCCCUGAAUCAGGAGAGACGACCAAAACCUGGGCUGCGUUCAGCGACGUGAAACAUUUACAGUCCUGCAGAUAGAAGCAGAAGUUAACAGAUGAUACUAUACCACCAUGGCCUAACAUGAGGACACGCGCUCAUAUAUGGUCCACAGUGCGUUUCAGUAAUUCUUGUUUUCCCUGCUCAAACGGACCCGAACGUCUCUGAUUUCUGCUUCGGGUCUGAGGCUGCUUUGUGUGCUACUCUGACAUUAAACAUGUUAAUCUCAGAUCAAGCAAAAAUAUUACUAAAAAGAAAAAAAAUCUAUAAAAGAAAUGAUUUCAGCAAUCAAAUGAUAAAUGCUGCAUGUCAAACAGAUUAGCCUAGGUGUUUAUAAAUUGACUCACUGACUGGCUUGGCUGCCUUCGUAACCAUUUUAGAUCCAGCUUGUACAAAGGCUUCAGGGGCCCCCCCGGGGGGCCCCUUGCAGCACGAGUAACCAUAGAUGACCGAGCUCCCUUACAUUUAUUUGUGUCUUCGGACGCUGAAGCAUGUUUACCGGUGUUCGGUUCAUACACUUAACACGUACUUUUCGAAUGAAGCCGUCCACAAAAUCAGUUUCUGCUCAGUGAAACUGCAAACUGAGAAGAAUGGGGAAUGUUUGUGAUUAACAUUAAAAGAAAAAAGACAAAAAAAUUCUAAGGGCCUAAAUGGUGUCUGUAUAUAUCAGCUCGGUUUUUGACAUGUAUGAGGUUUCGUUGUUUUUAAACAACCAUAAACGGAUUGCAGACUUGAUCAUCGGUACUGAUGACUGCCUCCAAAGCUACAGCAAAGAGAUGGUACUUUAAUCUCUUCGGCCUUCCUCACUGAUAACUUUGCUGAUGUGUUUAUUUUUUAGAAAACAGCAAAUUCUUUUAUCUGUCCUUUUUUGUUCCUUUUGCUUUUUUCUGUCGGUUGUAGCCUACUCCACGUCCUUACCACACCAAGCCACAUAUUUUUGUGUUAAUGUAUGUUGAUGACAAAAUUGUCAAACGAACAGUUAUAAAUAAUGUUAAUAUGUUUUUUUCUGAAUAAAGAUUUCAACGAAAUUGCAUCCAA